CUAAACCAUCUCCUCCCGUGGUUUUGGGCCCUAUAGCCAGAGUGACUCCUGAACAGACAGUGAGCUUCACAUGCAAGUCCCAUGGCUUCUUCCCUCGGAACAUCACACUGAAGUGGUUCAAAGAUGGACAUGAGCUCUCUCACUUCCAAACUACUGUGGACCCCAAAGGAGAAAGCACCACCUACAGUAUCUCCAGCACAGCCCAGGUGGUGCUAGGUGCUGGGGAUGUAUACUCUCAGAUUAUCUGUGAGGUGAGUCAUGUCACCUUGCAAGGAGGUCCUCUCCGUGGGACUGCCAACUUAUCUGACACCAUCCAAGAAGAAAUUGCAGUUGACAUCAAGCUUAUGUGCCAAGUUGAACAUGAGAGACAGCCACUAGUCUUAAAAUCCCAUACUCUGGUGAUCAGUGCAUUGCAGAGGGAACAAGAACUGAAAACAUCAGAUACUGCUGAAAUCCUUGUAGCUGUGCUUAUUGGACCCAAAUUGCUACUGGUAAUUGGUGCCUCUGCCAUCUACAUGUACAAGAAGCAGAAAGCCCAACA